AAAUAUUAAACUGGUUCGGCCUAAAUGAUAUUUCUAUAUAGUUCGUUGGAUGAAGAUCGUGUGUGUCAUACCGCGUAUCUCAGCAUAAGAGGAAUCAUGUGGUCCAUUUAUAUUUGUGUCGGAGUGCUCCUGACUGUUCUUUUACGCCAAAGUGCAGGACUGGAAACCGGAAGAACGGGGACAUUAAAGGACAGAACUUCAUUGUAUAAGGCACUUGCAGCCGACUAUCAGAAAGACCUGAUCCCAGAUGGGCCCAACGGUGGACCUAUUGUCGUAUCUCACCACCUCUUCAUACGGAGAGUUGCCGCUCUGGAAAACGGAGUGUUAACCCUGGAAACCUGGGAGGAUGUGAGGUGGAAUGAUCCUAGACUGAAGUGGGACAGUAAGAAGUAUAAUAUUAACAUGUUUAAUCUGCCAAGCAGGUUAAUUUGGCAGCCGGAUGUCAUGCUUGUUAACAGGGCAGACCGAUAUAACGGCGAUACUUCUGGCGAUAUUCACGCUAUCGUCACGUCCGAUGGGAACGUGACAUUCGUACCGCCAAAAGUCACAAAGGCAUUUUGUCAGUUUGAUGAGAAUUCUGUGUUUGAGAAAAACGAAGUCAUCUGUACCCUGACAUACAUGUCCUGGACGCAUCACCUUCGAGACCUGGACAUCCGUGUAGAUAGGGAGCCCAAAGUGCUCCUCAAUACAAACCCAUACUGGAAAAUUACACAAAUCAGCACAGCACGGAAAGUACACAAGUAUUCCUUUGAUCCAGACGAGAAAUUUGUAGACGUACACUAUAUGAUCCAGCUGAAGCGAUUGAAAUAAAUAUGACAAUUUCACUUGGAUCCUGACAACAUUUCUACCCUUCUGCUUUAACGAAUACUCUUUGUUCGUGUAAUUAUGUCUUUGUAAAUGUAGUCACACUGCAUGGGUUGCUAAAUGAUCCUUAAGAAUAGCAUACAAAAAAGAAACAGAAUAUUUUAGGACUAUAACUACCAAGGUACCGGAUGCAUUUAAAUAUAUUUACAACGUUCAUAAAUAUGAGAAAGGGGAGAGGGCAACUUAAAAAAAACUUGAACAUUUUCUUGGCUCUGAAAUGCUUCUCAUGGAAAAAUGAAACAAAAUUAUUUAUUGGUGCAAGCAUAUUUCAGACAAAUAUCAAAUCUGAUGAAGAAAUAAAUCUGGACUAGUCAAAGCAAAAAAUAAGUAAAUAAAUAAAUAAAUAAAUAAAUAAA